UCAGGACUACAAAUUUACUCUCCUCUCCACUCUCUCACUCACUCUCUCUCUCAACACCCACAAUUACAUCCCAGUCUUCAGUCAUCUGUCAAGGCCUUCACUCUCUGGAUUCCCAAACCACAGACACAAACACAACACUAAGGCUCAAACUCUCUUUACCACUCCAAGAAAUGAACAAGAACCCCUCAAAUCCCAACUUGGGUAUUUGGAAUUCCCUCCAAUCUCUCUCCCCUUCCUCUCGAACUCCCAAACAAGAAGGCACAUAUGCCCACCCCAUUCUAACCGAGAAAAGCUUGGAAUUGUGCACAGAGAAUCUUGGAAGCGAGACGGGAUCGGACACCGAUUUCUCUCUCUCUUCACCGGAUUUUGGGGGUGGGAAUGGGGAGAUUUCAACUGUGGGAAAACCAAAUUCUCAUCUAGAAAAGGAAUGCAAGAUUGUUACUGAUCAAUGUGCGGAUAAGCUGGCCUGGAGAGCUGAGUUACCUAGAAAAGAAAUGGAAGGCAGGAAAGUGAAUUUUCCUCCCCCGUUGACAACGUUGAGCGGGUCGGGUUCCGUUCGAGUUCGGGCGCGCCGCGAAGAGGGUAGACUGAUUGUCAAAGCCGUUGGGGGCCCAUUGGAGAACAGUACUAGUACUAGUUUUCGAGCUGAAAGAAGCAAUGGCCGGCUUAGGCUCUGUUUUUGGGAAGAGGAUUGGGAUUCUGAUGAAAUGGAUUUCCAAGAAAAUCAAGAAAGUGAAAUUUAUGUGGAGGGAAGUGGUGAAGAGGAAGAGGAUGAGGAUGAAGAUGAAGAAAGUGAGGAUAUGAGUGGAAAUGAUAUGGAUGUUGAGGGUGAAAUGGGAAUGGAAAAGUUUGAAAGGCCAAGAUGGUGCAAAGGGAGUGGUGGGUGUGGCAAUGGAAGUUUGUGGCCUUCUUGGGUGGCUACUUCAUAAAUCUUCAAUUUCCUCAACUUUUUCUAUUUGUCUUGGACCCUUUUUUGCCCCCCUUUUCGUAGUGGUGGGUAGUUGUGGUGGUGGGUAGUUAUUGUGGUUAUUAUCUGGCCAUGGCAUCUGUUUCUACAUUGGAAACCAUCUUUGUUUUGGGAUUUUUGUUUUGGAAUUUUGGAUAAUGAGUGUAGAGAUAGAUUUAAAAAGAUCAGAGUAAUAAUUAAGAGAAAAUUUAUUGAAA